AUGCAUGUUGCCGUCUUUGCAUUCCCAUUUGGUUGCCAUGCUCUUUCUCUAAUUAAUCUAGUGCAGAAGUUAGCAAGGGCUGCGCAGGAAACACAAUUUUCCUUUCUUAACACAGAAGAAUCCAAUAAUUCAAUCUUCUUAGCAUCAAGAACCAACCUGCCUGAUAACAUAAAAACCUACAAUGUAGCGGAUGGCGUGCCGCUGAAUCAUGUAUUUUCAGGAGAUCCAAUAGAAAGAGUUGAGCUAUUCAUAAAAGAAACGCCAAAAAACUUUAAGAUGGCACUGGACAUGGCGGUGGCAGAAACUGGCCAAAAAAUAAGCUGCUUGAUAGCAGAUGCGUUCUUGUCCUUUUCCGGAUCAGUCGCUGAGGAUUUGAGCAUUCCUUGGGUCCCAGUUUGGAUCCCAGUGCCCCAUUCCCUCUCUACACACAUUUAUACUGAUAUGAUUCGCCAACACUACGCCAAUUCUCUUAGUUAUGGUUGCAGCAAUAGUUGCAGAGAUGGCAACGAUGUAGAGCUUGAAGAAAAAACCUUGGAAAUCCCAGGAUUAUCUGAAUUGCACAUUGCGGAUUUACCUGUAGAAGUGUUACCAAGAGAUGCACAAGAAACACCCUUUUCUUGCUUGUUAGGUCAAAUUGGAAACAUGGUGCUAAAAGUAGAUACUCUAGUUGUGAACUUUUACCAAGAGCUCUACCCUAAACCCCUCUUAAAUGAUCUCAAAUCCAAGUUUUCGAACUUGCUAAAUGUCGGCUUUAUUAGCUUGUCUAUGCCUCCACCAUCGUUGCCACCGUCAACUGAAGAUACCACAGGCUGUCUAUCAUGGUUGGAUAGCCAGAAAUCUAAGACGGUGGCGUAUAUCAGCUUUGGAACUGUAGCGAAUAUUCCUCAAAGUGAGAUAGAAGAACUAGCAGAAGCUCUUGAAGUGAGCAGAAUUCCAUUCCUAUGGUCUCUUAGGGACAAUAUAAAGGAUUGCUUGCCAAAUGGGUUCCUAGAAAGGACUAUAAUGCACGGAAAGGUGGUUCCAUGGGCACCUCAGACCCAAGUAUUGGCACAUAGCUCAACAGGUGUCUUUAUGACACAUUGUGGAGCUAAUUCUGUGUAUGAGAGUAUUGCAAAUGGGGUUCCAAUGAUCUGUAGACCAUUUUUUGCGGACAACAAACUGAAUGCACGAUUAAUAGUGGACGUUUGGAGAAUUGGUGAGAGAAUUGAUGGAGGUGUUUUUACGAAGACCGGAGUUGCCAAGAGCUUGGACCUCAUUUUGCAACAUGAACAGGGGAGAAGAAUUCGGAGCAGAGUCCAAGCCGUUAAAGAGCUUGUAUUGAAGGCAUCUGCGCCUGGCGGCCAUGCUACACAAGCUCUCAAAGCUUUGGUGGAAAAGAUCACAUUGGUGUAA